AUGGAAAAAGUACGAACAAUAGAAAUAUACGAUACAAGCCUACGAGAUGGUAUGCAGGGAAUGCAUAUUAACUACUCAUUAGAAAAUAAGUUGAAUAUAGCAAAAAAAUUAGAUGAAUUCAAAUUAGAUUACAUCGAAGGCGGGUUUCCAUUCUCUAAUGAAAAGGAAAAGGAAUUCUUUGAAAAAGUUAAGAAACUCAACCUUACACACGCUAAAAUCGCAGCGUUUGGAUCUACAGCAAAACCAGGAUCAAAAGCUCAUGACGACCCACAUAUACAAGCAUUGCUCCAAGCGGACACAGAAGUAGUGACUAUUGUUGCUAAAUCUUCCGUCGCUCAUGUUCAUGAGGUGAUACGAUCUUCAGAAGAAGAGUAUUUUGAAUGCACCUUUGCAUCUAUUCGUGCACUCAAGGAACGUGGAUGCAAGGUAAUACUGGACCUAGAACAUUUCUUUGAUGGAAUAAAACUAAACCCGAACUUUGCAUUACAAAUGCUAGAUAUAGGAACCGAAGCUGGUGUUGAGCUAUUAGUACUCUGCGACACCAACGGAGGCACACUUCCUCAUGAGGUAAAAAAUACCAUGAAGUUGCUCAAAGAUAAAACACUUGCUCCCUUAGGAGGUCACUUUCAUGACGACUGUGGACUUGCUGUAGCCAACAGUCUUAUGUGCAUCGAUGAAGGAGCAGUGCAUAUACAAGGGACCGUAAAUGGGUGGGGGGAGCGAUCGGGAAAUGCCAACCUCUGCACUAUUAUUCCCAAUCUUAUCAUAAAAGAUGCGCGCUAUACAGCACGUUGCGAGAACACUAUACAAAACCUUAGUUUAUUAUCACGUUUUGUUGCUGAGCAAGCCAAUAUCAUCCCAAAUCCUCGAGAUCCAUAUGUAGGACGUGCAUCUUUUAGUCAUAAAGCUGGUCAACAUGCUGAUGUAGUGCACAAAAACGAAACACUUAUGGAGCAUAUUGACCCGAAUACAGUAGGAAACGAACGUUACAUUCUUUUAUCAGAAUUAGCAGGCAAGGCUACUAUACUUACUUUUCUUAACAAAUAUGGAACAUAUGAGAAAAAUGAUCCCAUAGUGACACAUGUUACUAAUGUUCUUAAGGAAAAGGAAAAUGAUGGUUUUGAAUACGAAACAGCCACAGCAUCAUUUGAACUUAUUAUACUACGUGCAUUGAACGCGCGUACGUCCUUGCUACAAUUAAAAAAUUACCAUAUCGAACAGUAUAAAAGCUUUGCACAUCCAUCGCAGACAAUAUCACGCAUUUUCAUACAAUGGAAAGAAAGAGAACUGAUGGGGGCCGCAAUAAGCAACGGUCCUGUAGAGGCGCUAGAUCUCUCAUUAAGAAAUGCCCUCCAGCAUGAAUUUCCGGAAGUAAAAGAAAUAAAAAUUACGGAUUAUCGUGUGCGUGUUAUAAAUCCAGAACAAAGCACCUCUGCAAAGGUGCGUGUGUUUAUUACGUUUUCUGAUACAGAUAAUACAUGGGAAACUAUUGGGGUACAUCAAAACAUUUUAGAGGCAUCGUGGGACGCACUCAUCGAUGGCUUAGAAUACUACUAUUAUAGCAUCCUGCAACAUACACAAUAA